CGUCACCUCCUCGUUAGCGUUGGUUUGCUCUAUGCUAACUCGUCUUUUUAACUGUUAAAUCGUGUCUUCUAAAGCCGGAGAUCAAACGUUGGUAGCAUGUGUUUGUUUUUAUUCGCAGCCGUUUUACAAAGUUAAGGUUCGUAAUGGAAAAUGCACAUAUUAAGAUUAGAGCGUUAUUGAUCCCUUGGGCUUGUGCCCACGAGGAAAUUAAGGUUCCAAUAAAUGGGGAAGAGGAAAGAAAUGGUUCAUUCCAGAUUUCUAGGUGACAGCAGCAUGGGAGCGCACACCAUGCACAAGCACAAACACAAAAAACACAAGAAGCACAAGAGGAAGCAUCCGGAGCCUGUGUUGGUUCCUCGUCCACCACCACCACCGCAGCUGCGACUGAAGAUCAAGCUGGGAGGACAGACGCUAGGAACCAAGAGUGUCCCCACCUUCACAGUGCAUCCCGGUGUGGCUUGUCCUCCCUCGCCUCUGACCAUUGUGGACCAUGACAAUGAUAAUGAAGAUGACGACGACGAGCCCUCUGUGCCGCUGGAGCAGUAUCGGGCGUGGCUGGAUGAAGACAGCAACAUGGCUGCCUCUCCUAUGCCAGAUAUGGACUCAGACACGGUGCUGGGAGGUCCCGUGGACGACGAGGAGAGAUGGCUUGAUGCACUGGAGAAGGGUGAGCUUGACGACAACGGCGAACUGAAGAAGGAAGUGGAUGAGUCUCUGCUCACCACCCGACAGAAAGCGCUACUCCACAAGCAGCAGAUCCAGCCCCUCCUGGAGCUACCCAUGGGCUACAAGGAGAAGGAGCUGACUGCUGAGAUGAUGCAGAAGCGGGAGGAGCGCGCGCGGAAGAGACGUCUGCAGGCAGCCAAGAAGGCAGAAGAGAACAAGAACCAGACCAUUGAGAGGCUGACCAAGACCAGCAAGGCCAAGAUCAAAAGCAUGAGAGACAAAAAGUCCAAGCAGAGUCAGUGUCCCAUCGUCCACUACAGCAACUCCGCCCAAGGGGUCACCAUCUCCUUCCCACUGGGCAUCCCCACUGUGAACGCAGCAGUGCCCCUUCCGCCCCCCCCAGCCCCUGUGAUUUGUGGGGUCAGUGGCUGCUGCGAGCUGAAAAAGUACAGUUGCUCCACGACCGGCGUCCCUCUGUGCAGUCUCCAAUGUUACAAGAAGAACAUGCAACACCACCUCCAAAGUCACUCUGCACAUGCAGCGGUGUCAUAAGAACCAUUAACCAUCAUUAAUACGAGUGUAACAAGGACAUGUUUAUUAAUAAAUUAAUGUCUUGUG